UAUAGGGUGCAAGUCUUUGAAUCAAUCGUUUAUCCGGCUUUGAAUCAAUAGGCUUAAGAAAAAUCGCUUGAAUCACAGAUAAAUCGAUAGUUCUGGUCACUCUGAACAUUUCGGUUCAAAUUCUUUGUUCUAAAACGGCGCAUCCAAAUAAUGGCGGCGUCUAGUAAGCGUAUCCAAUUCAAAAUAAAGCAAAAAGUAUGAGUACGGAAGAAAUCAGCUCAUCUGGAACAGAUGAUGGACCACAAUCGCUUGCCCGCCGGAUGAUACACUACUUCUACCACCGGCAAGCGAUCGCCAAGGAUGCGUGGGACAUUGCCUUCUGGCAGGAGUUUCGCCGCCAUCAUCCAGACGUAACACUCGAGCCGAAAGCGCUGCGGUCGUACUUUUUCCAUGAAGUAAUGCGCAACCCUCGCGAGUGGAGCAAUCUCUCCUACGAGGUGAUCCAGUACCUUAACCCGCUGUUUAACCGGAUCCGCGAGGAGGUGCUCGAGUAUCGGGAUCUGGUCGAAGGUAUCGAUUACGUGUACGCGGAAGAUCCGACCGAUCUACGCACGGAAGCGAACGGCACGCAGAUGCCUCCUUUGUGUUUGGAGCCGGGCGGUGGGUUGGUUGCUCCUUCACGCGCCACCAAGCGCUACCUAACGCCCAGCACGGCACAGAUCCGCAGCUUCGUGGCCGCCGCACUAAGCGAACUGCUCUGGACGGAGGAUGAAAACGUGACGAAGCCGACGCUCGACGCACAGGAAUGUUUGUCGCGCAUUGCUGUGCUGACGUCCAAUUCGAUUGCGUUGCUCAACUGUAUCGAGCCGGGCAUGGCAUGCUAUGAGCGGUUUCAUCAGCCGGAUCCAGUGGAGAGGGCGGUUUUGCCGGAGGAUGAUACACCGGCGAGUGGACUAGAGGUGUCCGGUACACCCCGGACGCUCCCGCUGGCAUCAUCCACUCCGAUACCAUCGACAAGCCGCCAGCAGGGUGCUGUCCGUGGGCCCAUUAUUUCUUCCCGCACGCCAGCCUCCGUCCUGCGGCAUGUUCGGAGCAAGCCCCGGAAGGGUGCAUUCAAGAGAAAUAUCAUGUAGAGUGAGUGGUAGGUUGCGCAUUAUUACAUACUUACGUUCCUGUUGAAUAAUUUAAAGAACUUAAAUACACUUCCAAUGAACUCCAA